AUAGAGAGAGAGAGAGAGAGAGAGAGAGAGACUUGUCCUUCUUUCUCUCUUUCGUUUUUUAUUUUUUUUUUCUUCUGUUUAAUAGCUCACUUUCACCUCUUCUCUCCUUUUUCAUCUGUCUUGAACUGAAAGGAGCCCUAGAACAACCCAAGAAAAAGCAGCCUCCUUCAAAAUCGAUCUCUUUUCAUUCACGAUCUAUUAAAGUGGAAUCGAAUUCUCAAAGGACUUGUGGUCAAGUUUGCGGCAUCCUUUGUGGCCUUGGGUAAAGUUGAAGGCUAAGAGGGCUCCUGCAACUUACAACUAGUUGAGUUCAGAGAUUUGUAAAGAUGGGCCGUGCAUGCUCCUCCUAUUCAAUUCCUAUGUUUCUGACAAUAGCUAAUUCAGGACUUGGACUCCAUAAACUCAUUAUGAAUACUAGUUUGAAUGAUCUUGUUCGUGUCAGAGAGCAGUAUGGACUGUGAACGUACCAUUGUGGGGGAAUCUUGGUGCACAAUUGAUACCAUGAAGGUGAUGGCUGUUGCUCAAAAACAUAAUUGCACUGUCAUGGUGUUGGAUGCAGUCAACUUGCAUUUGUAACUCUCAUUCUUUCUCUUCUUCUUCUUCUUCUUCUUCUUCAAUAUUUGCCACUGCCGAUAGUUGUAUGAUCAGAGAAUGCCUUCUUUUGGUGGCUGUCCAUCACUCAGGGACUGGACUUUAUAAACUCAUUACAAGUGAUAGUUCAUAAGAACAAUACUGAUGUAAAAAGCAAUAUGGAUUUGGCUCAUAAUUGAUGCCUUGAAGUCUGUGGCUGGACCUCCAAAACGUACUUGCACUUUAAUAGUAUUGAAUGGUUUGUAUCAUCCCCACCCCCCUACCCCCCAACCACCACUCUUAACAAGUAAAUAAAACAUGGUUGUGCUUUAUGUUGAUUUCUUUAUUGAUACAUUUUUUUUCAAGAUGUUGUGGAGCAUAUAAGCUUCGGCAAGCACAGCUGAUGCCUAUGAACAUAGGUUGUCUCACAUGAGAUAUGUUUAUUAUUUUUAUUUUUCCGUAGUUGUUUCAGUUUAUGCAUAAAAUCUAUAUUGAAUAUAUCUAUAAGUCUGAAAUUUUCAUCAAGGGGAAUAUAAAGAGUAUCUGUUUUCUCAUAGAGAAUGGUUGAUGGUGGUCCAUUUUUUCUCUUGUAACGUAUAUCUUAUGUUUAUGUAAUUCUCCUUUAAACUGCUGUGGACUGGAACAAUUUCUUGUCUGUGUAUAAAUUUGCAAGUCUGCCUUGAAAAAGGAUAUUUUUCUGUUAGCUGUGGCUUCUUGAUCUUUUUUUCCUUUCUUUUGUUUGGGGUUGGUGUUCAUGCAUUUUCAUGGGGUGUGUUAAACUCUAAAAGUCUAUUGGGAUUUCUAUUUUCAGUUAUUAUUAUUCUUUCUUAGAAAUGCUAGCCUUUAUUUCAUUUAUUGGGUUUUCUUAUAAAUGAUCUUUAUGUACUUUCUUAGAACGUCGUUCAUUUUGCUGCUGUGGUGUUAGGAGCACUGGUUUCUUUAGUCUUCUCUUGAUAUUUUUGAAGUAUCAACAUGCCAAAGGAUAGAAGAGAUCGUUCCAUAUCUUUUGAUAGGUACAGGACAUCUCCUUAUACAUGCAGCUCCAGUUGUUCAAGACGAUCUUCACCUAAAAUCCCUUCAGAUACUGAGGAGAAUUUGAAGGAAUGGGAAGAGGCCAGGUGCCCUGUAUGCAUGGAACAUCCUCAUAAUGCUGUUCUCCUUAUUUGUUCUUCACAUGAGAAAGGUUGCCGUCCUUACAUGUGUGACACAAGCUAUCGUCAUUCUAAUUGUCUUGAUCAGUUUCGGAAGUCAUUUGCAGAAACAACACCAACAACUCCACAACCACAAGAAAGUAGGCUUAGAACCAUGAAUUCUCCUGCAGUCGUCAGCUCAGUAUCAACAGUUAUAGUUCCACCAGAAGAUCUAUCUGAGGAAGGAUCCUUACCCACUGAAACCAUUUCUUGUGAGAACAAGGUGCAGCCAAAGCUAGUAUGCCCACUCUGUCGGGGGCAGAUAAAAGAGUGGGUUGUCACUGAACCUGCACGAAGUUUCAUGAAUGCAAAACCAAGAAGCUGUGCCUGUGAGACAUGCAAUUUUAGUGGCACGUAUUCGGAUCUCAGGAAGCAUGCGAGGCUUGAACACCCACUUGUUCGACCAUCAGAGGCUGAUCCAGAGCGGCAACGUAAUUGGAGGAGGCUGGAGCGUCAGAGGGACCUUGGCGACUUGCUUAGCACCCUCCAAUCUUCGUUUGGAGAAGAGAGGGGUGAUGAGCCUAUAGAUGAUGGUGGUUGGCUUACUGUAUUCUUUCUUAUAAGAGUUUUUAGACCUGGAUCUAGUCCAAGGAGUAGUAGCUGGUCUGGUACAUCAAGAGCCAGAGCACCGCUAGGUUUCAGAAGGAGAGCCACCCGGCAUUGGGGGGAGAAUCAUGAAGGUGAAACUGGAUCUUCUUCCAGAGAGGAUGACAAUGAUUCUUCAGAUGGCGGGUCAGGCCCUUGGAGGCGCAGCGAGCGGAUCAGGCGAAGGACAACGCCAGACCAGUUGUGAUUGUGGAACUUUGUGGUAUCAUUUUGGUUGCUUUUAGAAGAUCCUACGACUGCGGAACAUAAGGAACCAAGGUUCUUUGGCAAGCAUUGGAUGAAGUUCCACGAAGUAUCAAAUGGUUUCUCUUAGAAGUUGCUUGAUUGUUUAUCCUAAGAGUGAGCAUAUUGUAACUUGAUGAAAAGAGAAUUAAAUAAUUUAUAUCCUUGGCAUUUGUUGUUGUUUGGGUUAUGUCAAAUAUUCUAUAUUUCAAUUACUAGAAAGCUGGAAAUAAAUUUGCUGGUUGUUGACUA